GUGGUCAUUUCAGUCUUUGAAAAGAUGCAAGCACAAGAGAUUCUAAGGAAUUUACGCCUUCCAGAAUUUGAAGACUUCAGCCAGUUUUUCCGAAGCCUACCAGCUUCUACUUUGGUGGGAAUUGGUGCCUUUGCAGCUAUCAUUGCAUAUUGGCUUGUCAACCGUCCCAAAGCGGUAAAACCACCAUGUGAUCUUUUAAUGCAAUCAGAAGAAAUUGAGGGCUGGAAUGGUGCACGGAGAUCUGUAAUUGGUGACAGGACACAUUUGCUAACUCAUUACUAUGAUGAUGCAAGGACCAUGUAUGAAGUUUUUAGAAGGGGUUUUAAUAUAUCUGAAAAUGGUCCCUGCUUAGGAUUUAGGAAACCUAAUCAGCCUUAUCAAUGGUUAUCCUAUAAAGAGGUUGCUGAAAGAGCAGAAGCAUUGGGAUCAGGCUUACUCCAAAAGGGAUGCAAAUCAUCACCAAACCAAUUUAUUGGGGUCUUUGCACAAAACUGUCCAGAGUGGAUCAUUUCUGAGCUGGCUUGCUAUACCUAUUCCAUGGUUGUGGUUCCCCUGUAUGAUACAUUAGGCCCCGGAUCCAUUCGUUAUAUUAUUAAUACAGCUGAUAUUUCUAUAGUAGUUUGUGAUAAACCUGAAAAAGCCAGAGUCCUGCUAGAACAUGUAGAGAAAAAACAAACACCAGGCUUGAAAUCAAUUAUCUUGAUGGACCCCUUUGAAAAGGAUCUUAAAGAAAGAGGACAAAGAUGUGGAGUCCAAAUCCAGGCAAUGUUGGAAGUAGAGAAUUGUGGUCGGGAAUGCUGGCAUGCUCCUGUACCUCCUCACCCAGAAGAUCUAUCAAUUGUCUGCUUUACUAGUGGUACCACAGGUAACCCAAAAGGUGCUAUGCUGACUCAUGGAAAUGUGGUGGCUGAUUUUUCAGGUUUUUUGAAAGUGACAGAGAAAGUGAUCUUUCCGAGACAGGACGAUGUACUCAUCUCGUUCCUACCUUUGGCUCACAUGUUUGAAAGAGUGAUACAGUCUGUAGUGUAUUGUCAUGGGGGACGAAUUGGCUUUUUCCAAGGGGAUAUUCGCUUGCUGUCCGAUGACAUGAAAGCUCUGCGUCCCACCAUCUUUCCUGUUGUGCCAAGGCUGCUCAACAGGAUGUAUGAUAAGAUUUUUAGUCAAGCAGACACUCCUGUGAAACGUUGGCUUCUUGAAUUUGCUGCUAAUCGAAAAAAAGCAGAAGUCCAAAAUGGAAUCGUUAGAAAUGACAGUCUGUGGGAUAUGUUAUUCUUUAACAAAAUACAGGCAAACCUGGGUGGUUGUGUUAGGAUGAUUGUUACUGGAGCUGCUCCUGCUUCACCUACAGUUCUGGGCUUCCUUCGAGCGGCAUUAGGAUGUCAGGUUUAUGAAGGCUAUGGUCAAACAGAGUGUACAGCUGGGUGUACCUUCACCACUCCGGGAGAUUGGACCUCAGGCCACGUUGGAGCACCUCUGCCUUGUAAUUUAAUUAAACUGGUGGAUGUUGAAGAAUUAAAUUACUUUUCUUCCAAACGAGAGGGAGAGAUCUGUGUCAAAGGUCCCAAUGUUUUCAAGGGCUACUUAAAAGACAAAGAGAGAACAGCUGAAGCCUUGGACAAGGAUGGCUGGCUUCAUACAGGGGACAUUGGAAAGUGGUUGUCUAAUGGGACACUCAAAAUCAUCGAUCGAAAGAAACAUAUAUUUAAAUUGGCUCAGGGAGAAUACAUUGCACCAGAAAAAAUUGAAAAUAUCUACAUUCGUAGUGAACCUGUCUCCCAAAUAUAUGUGCACGGAGAUAGUUUACAGGCUUUUUUGGUGGGGAUAGUUGUACCGGAUGCUGAAGUCAUGCCAGGCUGGGCCACGAAAAGGGGCUUUGAUGGAACUUUUACAGAACUUUGUAACAAUACGAAGCUGAAAGACGCUAUAAUGGAAGACAUGGUGCAAUUAGGAAAAGAAAGUGGACUUUAUUCAUUUGAACAGGUUAAAGCAGUUUACAUCCACUCCGAAAUGUUCUCAGUACAAAAUGGUUUGUUGACACCUACAUUAAAAGCCAGGAGAUCCGAGCUGAGAGAAUACUUCAAGAAACAAAUAGAAGACCUUUAUUCAAGUAUCUCCAUCUGACAGCACAGGAAGGUUCUUCAGAAUAAUGUACUCUGUAGCAAUAUUAGGAUAAUUUUGAAAAUGG